CUUCUGUUCUCACAUGCGCAUUUCUACAGCUUCAAUACGUCAGUAAGCCAUGCCCCGAGCUCGUCCGAGAGAAACCCGCGCCUCUCCCCACGCAGCGGCCAAACAUCCCUGUUACUUCCGUCCUAUCAUGAUAGUGUCGAGUGAACAUGCUUCGAGAGUUCCCUACGGUUCCCUCGGUCUUCGUUCGGCGGUAUGGGAUCCUGGUUUUACAGCCUCGCGUUGGCAGGAGUAUAAGUAGAGUGGGUGUCAUCGUGCAGAUAGUUGUGAAUCCUUACGAAGCAUACAUUGACUACACUGGAAUUUUCGAUCUUGCUGCGAGGGUAUUCAGGACUAUCUAUCAGUCACAGCCAUCAAUCACACAUCACCACCUGAACCGUCACACACAUUACAACCUCCAACCAAACCAAAUUCACACACUACAUCCAACCACCAACUCUCAAAAUGCUCUUCCACAAAUCCACAUCAUCCCAAACCACGCCCACCACCACAACACCCCGCCAUUCCAUCUCUGCCAAUUCAACAGCAACAGCCCACACCACCCAAACUACAAACACUACAUCAUCCAACAAAUCAUCCGUUGUCUCCGCGCUCAAGAAGCCAUUUCAAGGAUGGUCAAAAGAUUUACUUUAUGCCAAGGAUGAUCUCGAUGACGAGUAUAAUUUCGCAAGUGGGAGAAGGAGGGGUGGGGAUUAUAAUUUUCCGGCGGUGGGACGGAGGGGUGUUAAUGAGUAGAGUAUGGUAGGGGAGGGGGUGGGAAGAUGGGGAUGAGAGAGUGAUGGAAAGAUACCCCGAAAUGCGGAGUUUCGUGUGUUUUAUGCGAAGUUCUUGGGCUGGAGUUUUAUGAGGUUUGUGGUACGCAAGAGAUAAGGAUAGGAUAGAGGAUGAGAGCAAAAUAUCACGCUUUAGGAUUUACGAAAUCA